CCUCCCUCUCGCCACGCCUCCUCCGCACCUCAGACCGGGCACGCACGAACUGCCGGGACUCGCCGGUGCCCUCGGAAAGGGGAAGCUGCUGCCCUUGAAACCUUUCAAGAGAAAGCUUUCUGUAUCGAAGUGCCACACUCAAGAGUAAUAACUGGAUUUUUAUCAUACAAAAAUAGCUACAGGGAAUUUUUUCAUUAAUAACGCACACCAGUAAACCCGGUCUCAAGGGAGAGCGCGCAGCCUCCAGCCACAGAGAUUCCACGCUCAGCUCAGGGAUGAGCUUGACUUGUCCAAAUUGGGUUCAGGACUGCUGAUCACGACGUGUGUUUCCAGCCAGAUGUGGCCAUCGGAUCUGAUAUUCAACACACAGCAAGUGCUUACACUUUCCUAGCAGUGCAGCUGGCUCCCCAACAGUCUGCAGGAAGGUAGCUGGCUGUGUGUGGGAGCGGACAGCAGCUGACUGAGAGCAUGUUCAGAAGGUGACUGCCCUAAACAGGAUUUAAUAAUCAGGCAGGAGGAGGUGCAUCGGCACGUGGUGGGGACUCCACUUCCUGAGAGGCCCUGCUGUGGCCAUGCCUCCUUUGGUGGAAACCCAGGCUUUAUCAAGAGCUGGAGGGACCAACUGCCAGCUCUCUCUGGGGACAAGCUGCCAUGGGACUGAGGUGCGGGAUGAGGACCACCAAGUGCCAGCUGCUGGUGACCAGCCUCUGUGUCAUGCUCCUGGGGCUAUCCAUUGCCACGCUGAGCACAGUCACCCACUAUGGGCUCCGUUUCACCCUCAUCAGCAACGUCUCCCUGGACAGCAACUCCUACAGGGUCAUCCACCACAGAGCUUUCUACUUUGGGAUCUGCCUGAGCAUGACCCUGAUCCUGGCAGCUCUGCUGAGCUCCGCCGCCACGGUGCGGGAAUCGCAGUGUCUCACCGCCAUGGGAUUUUUCUGUUUUGCUCUGGCCUUUUGUGGACUGAUCCCAGCUGCCUGCUGGAGAUACACACACAGCACGGAGGUGGAAGACAGCAUGAUGGAUGUGUACGAUUUCGUGUACGAGGAGGUGAGGAGGAACACCUCCAGUUUCAGGAGGCACGAGCUGACUGCCAUCCAUGAAGCAUUCCUGUGCUGUGGGAAGCACUCUACUUUUGGGGACACAACCAAUGUUGAGCACAAAACAUGCCCACCCGGCCAGGUGCACGAUGAAGGAAAGGACUGCCUGCGAGAGAUGCAGGACUUUCUGAAGAAGCACAUGGACUUUGUCUUCUCGCUCCUGGGCAUCGCCAUUGGCUUCACGGUUUAUGGGAUGAUCCUAACUUCAUUCCUCUGCUUCUCCAUCCACUUCAGCAGCGACCUGUACCGGAAAGGCAAAUACAUCCUGCGAGAGAGGUAGAAACCUGAUGCCUGGGCAUCACUACCAGGCAGAGCCAGCUCUUGGCACAGGAGGAUGUCUGGAGUCACCCACAAAAUCCCCUGGGAAGGUAUUGCCUGGGGUCAGGUGGUGGGAUGUGUGUCACAUAUUUCCCUUUCCUGCACUACUACUGGGCUCGGAGAUGCAGAUUCCCUUGCCGGGAGACAUGUGGGCUGUGGCUCCACAAGAAGAACACAAAGAGCCCCUUACAACAAAAUGGGGAGAAAAGCCCAGCAAAAAUCACAGCGUUAAACCAAACUUCUCUCAUGCUGUCAUCUGAGCAGUUCCCUGUGACCCCCAAAGGUGCAAUGUUUCUAGGAAGAUGGCUUUGGAUCGCAGCCCAGGAUCAAUGUUGCACUAUCAGUAAAUAAAUGACAGGAAGUGUGUCGCUGCUGAUGGGAAGCGUGCUCUGCCAGCCUGAGCGCUUGCAAUGAUUAACUUUGGGCAUGUUUCUGAUCAUGCUGGGGUACAUAGGCAUCCAAUUCAGCUGGUUUUCCCGUUUUCAAACAUUGCCAGAUUUAUAUAACUUUUGGUAGAGAUGAGGACAAAAAGUCAGAAAAUAGUGAAUGAGCUUUGAAACAACUGACCAACAGAAGGACAUAUUUCUCUGUUAUUCCUCCUUGCUAAUGCAAUACAACAUUUUUUUUUAAUUCUUAGGAUUUAGUCAGCCUCCUAAAUCUUGAUACCACACUGAUUUCACAGGGGCUUGUUAGGCCGCCCCUUGAGUGCUGUGUCCAGUUCUGGGCCCCUCAAUUUAGGAAGUGUGUUGAGAUGCUUGAAUGGAUCCAGAGAAGGGCAACAAGGCUGGUGAAGGGUCUAGAACCCAAGCCCUGCGAAGGUUGGCUGAGGGAGCCGGGGUUAUUUAGCCUGGAAUAAAGGAGGCUCAGAGGAGACCUUAUCACCCUCUACAACUGCCUGAAAGGAGGUUGUAGCUAGGUGGGGGUCAGUCUCUUCUCCCAGGCAACCAUCAACAAGAUGAGAUGACACAGUCUUAAACUGUGCCAGGGAAAGUUUAGGCUAGACAUUAGAGAAAAAUUCUUUACAGAAAGAGUGGUUGAGCAUUGGAAUGGGCUCCCAGGGAGGUAGGUGGUGGAGUCACCAUCCCUGGAGGUGUUUAAAAGAAGACUGGACAUGGCACACAGUGCCAUGUUUUAGUUGAUAGGGUGGUGUUAGGUCAUAGGUUGACCCUGAUGAUCUCCAAAGUCUUUUCCAACCUAGCUGAUUGUGUGAUUCUGUAAGUUCUGGCCCCAGCUCUGUGUUUAUCUGGCUUCACUAACCCACUGUGCUCCUGUGGUAAAAGGACUUUGAUAUUACACACACAAACAGAAGUUUAAAUCUUUAAGAGAACAGGACUGAUCUCCAGCCAGGUCAAACAAUGCAAUGUCCAACUCCACGUCUUUUUUACAUCACCUUAUCAAUAAUAAACAGAAUUUGUAAAAGGCUGUCAGUCUAGUUGAAACAACAGCUCCCUGGUGUGCUUUGCCCUUGUGGCAAGGAGGCAGAGCCGCUUCUGAGCUGAAACCCAUCAUUGCAAUGGAUGUAGCACCUGCUGUAAAUUAUACGGCCGUGUGAAAUGUCUGUUGAACCAGCAACAGCUUUCACUCCUCUCAUACAUAGUGGCUUUUAGGCAUGAAAAAGUUUAAGUAGCAAUUGUUUACUGAGAUAAAUAUGGAAAACUCCGUGUUGAUGUUCAGGACAGGUCCUGGCCCUCAGGCAGGGGCUGCUGCAUGUGCACAGCAGUACACGAAGAACAAGAACAGCAGUACAGCCUACAGCACCUGGCUGGUGUUUUAACAUGGGCUGCAAAUACCUUGCAUUGGAAAGAGUUGCGGAGGGCUCAGAGAGGGCUGUCACUUCUCAUUCCACUCCCCUGGAACCAGCAGAGCUUCACUGUUGACUUCACUGGAAGCAGGAUGAAGUUCAAACUGCCCCAGUGUAAUAGUCAAGCUACCUCCUGGCAAUCACCAACACACCUCAGUCUGGCAGGGAUUCGGGUGCGAUAUGCACUUCCCAGCAUACGCACUUUUUAGUGGUGGGGAAAUACUCACUUAUACGUGUAUAUGUAUUAUCACAUAUAUUCUUCUCUGGAAAGAGACAAUCUCCCUUGUGAGCUCCAGCUGCUACUGUCAGGCCCCUGCUAUUGUUAUUCCUCAGGCCAGCUGACAGCUCCUGUGACUCAUGAUUGCUUCAAUAAAGAUUAAUUUCUUGGAAAAGGCCACCAUUCCUCCUCUUUUUUCUGCCGUGCCUGAAGCUGCCUGCAUUGCUUGGGGGUUUGCAUCAUGGGGGCACUCAGUAAUUCUUUCAGUGCUGGGAAGAGAUGUUCCCCAAGGAGCUGGUGCUCGCCUGUCCCAUCAGUGUGCUGGAGGGAGAGGAUGGCAUUGGUCCUUUGGAGGAAAGGAAGCAGCUCAUCAGCCUCAUCCCACCCUCAGCCAGCUGAUGGGACAGCAGGCAGGUACUUCUCAGGGACUAAUGUGAGCUGAGGCAGGAAAAACACUUAAGGACAUGGUUAAGCUGUAACGACCAGAGUAUUUGUAAUGAAGAACUCUCUAUGGUUUCACUUUUUAAAGAAUUAGGUAGGCAGGUUUUGCCCACUUCUCUGCAUUGGCUGGUUAACUGCUGCUAUUCUGCCAUAUCAAAAAACAUCAUGGACAAACAAAUUGGUGGAGUCAAUGUUGCCCGUGUGUGUUACCUGCUCAAGCCUCAUCAAUGUGUACAAAACAUCUCUGUUAAAGCAUCACCACCAGGACUGCUCAAGCUUUAGGUGUUCCACCUUCCCAGGUCAGUUUUUAGUGUAAAGGCAUAGUUAUGGACAGGAGUAGCAUACACAUGAUGAAGGUAUCUGCUUUUCUGCUCCUGAAAAUUACGGCAGGAUUUCAUUGCAGGGCAGCAGGAGCUACACACAACACAAGCUCUGGGAGAAGAGUAUGUCUAGUCACUGGCCAUCUCAUGAGCUUUAUUCCCAUUUCACUGGUUGCUGGAGUUCCCUUGCAGGGAGCAGCACCUUCAAUGAGGAGGUGACAGAACCAUGCCCAGAGGGACACGCUCUUCUCCCAGAGUAUGUGUUGUGUGUAGCAGCAGGGGCUCCUGCCACCCUGUGAUAGCAUCCCACUGUGAUUUUCAGCAGCAGAAAAGUGGAUACCUU